AUGGCGUCCCGCGCGUCGUUACGACCGCUUCUCCGACCGGGCCCGAAGCGCAUGCUCGGGACGCUAUCCUUCUCUGCUGCUGCAGGUGCAAUAAUCCCUACAUCAUCCAUAUCGUUGUUGCUCUCGAAUCCAGCUCUCAAGCCUGUGCGGUCUUUCCCGACAUGCUGGAGCUAUCACAAGCUGCUUCUAUUGCCUUGCGCUCGAAGCUUCCACUCGGGGACCCCUCUCUCAUCAACUCCAAACUCAAACAAUGGCAACCCAUCGCGGCCGUCAUCUGCCGAUACCGGCGAUUCCAUCCCAAUCGCCAUGCCGCCGCCAGAAGGAACUGGAGAGUCUACAGCACCAAUUAGCUCCCCUCCAGAGCCACCAUCAGCUCCGCCAAGCGAGCAAUCGAUCGAAACAGAGUCCAAGUCAACCUCUUCAGAAUCAUCUAACCAAGAACAACAACAAGAACAACCAUCCCCCACUACAGACGAACCCACCCCCUCGACGUCCGCAAACCAGUCCACCGACGCAAAGAACCCGACCCAGCCCCUGACCGCGCGCAUCACCAACGCCAUCGACAACCUCCAAACCCGCCUCCUGGCCGGGCAGCAGACCCUCAACGACCUGACGGGCUACUCGUCGAUCGAGCAGAUCAAGCACCAAAACGCCGAGCUCGAGAAGCAGCUGGCGGCGGCGCAGGCCCACCUCCGGCACGCGCGGCAGGCGUACAAGACUGCACACUCGGCGCGGGCCUCGACGCAGCGCGAGGUGACGACGCUGCUGGCCCGCAAGGACGGCUGGUCGCCGCUGGACCUGGAGCGCUUCACGACGCUGUACCGACAGGACCACCAGCUCGAGACCGAGGCGCAGCGUGCCGCCCGCGAGCUGACCGAGGCCGAGGAUGACGAGGCCCGCCUCUCGGCCGCCCUGACCAACGGCAUCAUGCGCCGCUACCACGAGGAGCAGGUCUGGAGCGACCGCAUCCGCCGCGCCAGCACCUGGGGCACCUGGGGCCUCAUGGGCGUCAACAUCCUCCUCUUCCUCGUCCUGCAGUUCGUCGCCGAACCUUGGAGGCGUCGCAGGCUGGUCAGGAGCAUCGCCGAGGGCGAGAAGCCCAUGAUGGACGAGGUCAGGCACGAGCUCGAGGCUGUCAGGGGCGCCUUGGCCGCGUUUGAGAAGACCACCGCCGCCGCUGCCGCUGCCGCUGAAGCUGCUCCUGCUGCUGAGCCUGCUGCUCUGACAUCGGCCCAAGCGGUUGCGGAUCAGGUACAGGUCGUUGGGACGACACCUGACGAGGUCGUCGUCACAGCCGGAACCGCCCCUGAGCCUACAUCCCGGCCUACUCAGCCCUGGGCCGAGGUUAUCGUAGAUCCAAAGCUGUGGGGACCAGUUCUCUCUGACUUGUACAGUGAGCGAAGGAUAGACCUUACAAUGCGUGAGGUUUCCAUAAUAGCACUAGAGGGUGCCCUGGCUGGAGCAGUAAUCUUCGCCGGUGCAUUUGCCUUGCUAGUGAGGAACUAA